AUGACCGAAUCCACCAAGCUGCACUUUCGAAACUACAGAAAGAAGCAAAAGGCACUCAAUGAAAUGUUCAAACAUUUAUUCUCUGGUAGCCACAAGUACGGAUCAGGAGAUUCCUUUGAAAUCCAUCAACGUAAUUCUGAGAAGUAUAAGCCACUGUUGCCGAGUAACAGCCAAGAUGAAAGGACAAGACCAGUGGUGUUGGCAUUUGGUGCUGUUCGUUUCGGGGUCCUUCGUGGUAAUGUGUCCGCUCCCAGAAAGCUGUUUAGGACCGCUUUCCUUCAUGACUUCAAGCAACCAAAGUCAACGCUCCAAAGACACGAUUUACAUGACCCGAAGUAUGUGAUGAUGAUAGAUGAAUAUCUAACAAGUCAAAUUUGUCCUCGCUGCCAAAUUCGAACAACUACCAACCAGCCAGAUGCCUAUGAACUCAAAAUCCAAUCAGCACUCAACUGCCAAACAUGUAAUACUCGAUGGAAUUGCGAUCAUAUGGCAAGCGUCAUCAUCCGCAGCAUCUUUCUUCAUAUGACAGGUAACAGGCCCUGA